CUGACCUUCGGCGAGUCGCUGACAUGGCGCGCUGGGAAGCCUAUUCCUGUCUCCGAGCUACUGCGCCGACUGAGGACUCUGCACACAGAGCUGAGCCAGCUGGACCAAGAAGAUGCACAUCGCGACUCGCUCGUUCCCGUCGCACAGGAGCUGGCCCACCGCAACCUGCUUGAGCAUCGCGAUCGCGGCGUCAAGGCUUGGUCUGCCCUAUGUAUCGUCGAGAUGUUCAAGUUGCUGGCUCCUGACGCCCCCUUCAAGGCCGCCCAAUUGAACCAGAUCUUCUCCCUCAUCAUCACCCAAGUCCUGCCUGCUCUCGGAAACCCACAAGAUCCAUACAACGAGCAGCACCUGUCCAUCAUACGAUCGCUGGACGAAGUCAAGAGUAUUGUACUGCUUACCGAUAUCCCCGGCGCCGAUGGUCUGCUGUACAAGCUGUUCACAGGUGCCUUUGACAUUUUCGCAGACACGUCCAAGAACGACAAGGCCGAAGAGUUGGGCAAGAAUGUCGAACAUCACGUCACAAGUCUGCUCGUUACCGUCGUGGAUGAGAGCCCUUCGCUGCCAAACGAUGUUGUCGAUAUCAUCCUGGCUCAGUUCCUCCGUCUCGAUCCUACCACCUUCCCGCUCCAGCUAAACAAAGCCACCCUCGAAUCCUCACGCCCUUUCCAUCUUCAACUGCCCCCACCAGCAUACAACAUGGCCAAGAACAUCUGCAGCUCGUGUCCCGACAAGAUGUCGCGCAUGGUUGCGCACUACUUCAACUCGAUCAUUGCCGACCUCUCAGAUGGUCUCGACAGGUCCAACUCGCGAAAGUCCACGUCUCGACGACGAACUGGCGCCGACGACAAUGAUGAUGAGGAAGAUGAUAACGACCGCGACGCUCCACCUGCCGGGCCGUCUGCAGAGGAACUCAAAUCGUUGGAGAAGGCUCACAGGCUGUUGCGCGAGCUUUGGAGGUCUGCAGCGCUAGUCAUACAGAACAUUGUUCCGCAAAUCGAGUCCGAACUCGCUGCUGAGAACGUCGAUAUAAGAUUGUUGGCUACCGAGACAGUUGGCGAUCUGAUUUCCGGUAUUGGCGCAGCAGGCCCUCCCACCCCAAUCGCGCUCGACCCGGCAGCAUACCCUUCGCAAAGCAUUGAUCCACCCUCAGCAUAUUCCAGGACAUACAACUUCCUCACCACUCCCGCUGCUCCGCACGCCUUUUCCUCAGUUCAUGCCUCUACGUACCAAGGCUUCCUCAAUCGCCGCAACGACAAAUCACCUCGUGUCCGAUCCACAUGGGUGAUUUGCGCUGGCCGUAUCCUGGUCACGUCUGCCGGUGGCGUUGGACUCGAUCCGAAGGAAGAAAAUGCUUUGCUUAGAUACAUCUCCGACAUGCUCGUAGAUACCGAUGAGCAUGUUCGUCUUGCUGCUGUCCAAGCCAUCGGUCGUUGUGACUUCGAAACCAUUGUGCAACGCAUAGGUUCGAGCGGCAGCGUAACCACUCCCGACUCUGUCUUGUCAAACCUGGCGGACAGAAUCAAAGAUCGCAAGCAUAGUGUUCGUGCCGAGGCCAUGUCUCUACUCGGUCGAAUCUGGGGUGUCGCCGCUGGCGCCAUUACCGAAGGAAACGAGAGAGUCCGCAUGCUUCUUGGUGCAAUUCCUUCGCGCAUUUUCGAUGCUAUCUACAUCAAUGAUCGCGAGAUUACAGCGUUGGUGCAACAGGUACUUUACGACUCACUGCUGCCCCUGAGCUAUCCUCCAAUCAAAGCCAAAUCCACGUCCAAUGGCGACUCGCAGCGUGUUAAGGACAGCCAGAUACCGGCUUCGCAAGUCACGAAGGCCCCAUCACCUGAUGCUAUCCGCGCCGAACGUAUCUUGGUGCUGGUUCGGGAUCUUGAGCACAAGUCAAAGACGGUGUUCUUCACAAUCCAGGCUAAACAAAGUAAGAUGGCGCAAUAUCUAGAGGCAUUCUUGAAGCGUUGCGAAGAUUACAAUGGAGGUGUCAAUGCAAAGAAUGGCAAAGAGGGAAGUGGCUCGUUAUCCAGGCUGAUCGAGUUUUUUGCACAAGGCCGUCCCGAACCUCUUGUGGCCAACGACCACCUCUGGAAAUUUGCCAAAAAGCAUGAUAGGAGGUGCUAUCAGCUUAUCCGAUUCGCGGUCAACCCUGACAGCGAAUACAAGAAGGUCGUCAACGCUAUCAAAGAACUGACAAAACGCGUUGAGGAGCAACCCAGCCAAAGUUCUGCGAUCUUGACGACCAUUCUCCCUAUCAUCUAUCAGGCUAGCGUAUUGGUUUACAGCAAGAGUCAUGUUCCCACUAUCGUUGACAUCUCUCGUACCGAGGAUAAGGGUCUUGGUCCAGCUGCACAUGAAGUACUAAGGGAGAUCUCAACUCAUAAUCCCGAGGUCUUCAAAGCACACGUACGCAGCUUGUGCGCUACACUCCAGGAACAAGUGCCAUCGGAAGAUAGACCAACUGAAUCUGGAAUUGUCGAGACUCUGAAAGCGUGCGCAGGCUUUGCGCAGAGGUUUCCCAUGGAGAUCCCUCGUGAGCGUGCCUUUUUACAAGCUAUGGUCCAGUUCGCUCUCCACGGUAAUCCUUCGAUAGCCGCAAAGCAUGCAGUUUCGGUCAUUGUUGCGGCGGACGAGAAAAAGGACAUGUACGUCAAAGAUAUUGUCACCAAGUGCGUGCAAGGCUUCGAGUAUGGCGAAGAUGGCUACCUCUCAAAGUUGGCGGCGCUCAGUCAACUUAUGCUUCUGUCUGCCAAGGACACGGAAGACGAACACGAUAACAUCUUGGAAAUCACGAUUCAGAAAGUGCUCUUGCAAGUACGAACUGAAGCCAAGCCAGACGACGUUGACUGGCAAGAAGAACCAGAUGAUGAAUGUGAAGCCAAAAUCUGGGCUCUCAAGAUACUAGCAAACCGACUGAGAUCUUAUGCUAUGUCUGUACCCGACAGUGAGAUGGAGUCUGUGGCUAAAGAGUUAGCUGUUCCAGUCUUCAAGCUACUGCAUCGAAUUGUUGACAAAGACGGAGAGCUUUCUAAGGCCCAGGGUGAAACCCCCAAGCCCCACCGUGCACGCCUCCGGUUGAACGCCGCUAUAUUACUCCUCAAAUUGUGCAGUGCACAUAAGCGAUUCGAUGCGCUAAUGGAGCCGAAGAACUUCAAUCGCCUUAUAGUUGUCGCUCAAGAUCCCUUGCCUGAGGUCCGCUCUGCUUUUGUGGAUGCCAUCAAGAAGUAUCUCGGUCAAGGCAGACUGCCUUCUCGCUUCUACACUCUAGUGUUUGUUUAUGCUUUCGAGCCAAUUGCAGAUAUCAAGAACGCUGCAUUGACAUGGCUCAAGGGGCGCGCCUCAACGUUUGCCAGAUCCAAGGAGACCGUGAUGGAGACCACAUUUGCACGCUUUCUCAGCCUGCUCGCUCAUCACCCAGAUUUCUCCACGGAUGCGGACAACCUACAGGACUUCAUUGAUUAUAUUAUGUUCUAUCUGAAGGCCGUUGCUACGCCAGCCAACAUCACUCUUAUAUAUCACAUCGCUCAAAAGAUGAAGGCUGUCAGGGAUGGCAUCGAUGAGAAGAAGAGUGACAAUCUGUACUGUCUGUCAGACAUCGCGCAAGCUGUUAUUCAUAGAUACCAAGAGCUGCAAGGUUGGACGCUGUCAGUUUGGUCUGGCAAGGUCACGCUUCCCGCUGUUCUCUUCGGCCAACUAUCAGGCCAUACAGUGGCGCAGGAGAUCGCUGAUAAGCAAUAUGUACCAGAGAAGCUGAUAGAGAAGAUCGAAGAUCUGGUCAAGGAACGUCUGCGUACCAAGAAGCGCAAGUCGGAAAACACAAGUACUCAGGUCAAGAAGCGCGCCAGAGCAAGCGAGGGCAAAUCUUCCAAGGCAAGCGCGAAGAAAGUCAAGAGCGUUAAAACGCCUAAGAAAAGGAGAGCGUCCAAUGCCAACGCUUCGGCCCCAGCGAGUGAGAUUCGCCGCAGCUCGCGCAAGUCAGGAGCGAAGAGCUAUCUCGAGCAGAGUGACAGCGACGAGGAAGCCGAGGAUAUCGACGACGCCGACGAAGACGAUAGUAACGACGAAGAAAGCAACGCUGAAGACCAAGACAUGGAUGAUGCCGAGGACCAGGAGCGUCAACAAUCUAAGGCUGGAAGCGAAGACUCU